AUGAGAUUGCCAAUCGCAGAUCACUGGCUGCUGCUGCUACUGAGUAGCAGCAGUAUUAUCCUUCCGACCCUUAUGCUGCUCCGGGUUGGCGGAACCAGCGCUCCGAGGUUGUUUGAAGCCCCGCAUACGGAUUGGCGGGAUAGUUUUCAGGUUGAUGGCGACAAACGGUUUCCAUCGGACUUUCAAUUCGGAGCGGCAACUGCCGCCUAUCAAAUCGAAGGCGCCUGGAACGAGGACGGGAAGGGAGCUUCCGUUUGGGACACUCUCACUCACCGGCAUCCCGAGCUGGUGGUUGACCGAGCGAAUGGUGACGUGGCUGCUGAUUCCUACUAUCGUUUUCAGGAGGAUAUCGAAGCUCUGAAAGACGUUGGCUUCAAUUUCUAUCGAUUUUCCAUCUCGUGGUCACGCAUUCUUCCGGAAGGGGAUUUGUCUUCUCUCCGGCCAGCCGGAAUUGGAUACUACAACAAUCUAAUCGAUGCGCUGCUACAUGCCAACAUCGUACCGGUUGUAACCAUGCUGCACUAUGACAUUCCACAAUACAUUCAAAACCUGGGUGGCCUAGCGUCUCCGUUGUUCGUGCGUUACUUCGAAAUCUACGCCGACACCCUUUUCCGCUACUUUGGCGAUCGGGUUAAGACUUGGAUCACUCACAACGAACCGUGGGAUUUUUGCGUUACCGGAUACGGUAGCGGAACCGAGGGUCCGUUGGUGCACGCCCCCGGCGUUGGCGAAUACCUGUGUGCCCAUCAUGUACUGUUGAGUCAUGCUGCCGCUUUUCACCUUUACGACAGCAAAUAUCGAAAAGAACAAUCCGGGCAGGUUGGAAUCACUCUCAGCGGAAGGUUUUUCUAUCCAGCGAAUGCUGGAACUGGACCGGACGUCAUUGAUCGGGCACUACAGUAUCAGUUGGGAUGGUUCGCCCAUCCAUUGUUUAGCAAAGCCGGAGGCUAUCCACCGAUCAUGGUGCAAGACAUUGCGGACCACAGCCUGCGAGAGGGUCGAACCAUGUCACGUCUUCCGCUGAUGUCCGAUGAGCUGAAGCAGACCGUUCAAGGAUCAGCCGAUUUUCUAGGCUACAAUUACUACAGCAGUCGUCUGGUGGAGCUAGACAAACGGGAAUACAACGAAAGCGGUCCACCUUCGGUGGAAAAGGAUGCCGGACUGGUGUACAGCGUUGAUCGUUCGUGGAAACGGGCCAAAUCCAGCUGGCUCUAUGUGGUUCCCGAAGGUCUGCGGGGAGUUUUGAACUGGUUCCGGGAAGAGUACGACAAUCCACCGGUUUUUAUUACCGAAAAUGGUUACUCCGAUGACGGUCAGCUGGAGGAUCACGAGCGAGUCGAUUAUUACCGAAGCCAUCUGCAGCAGCUGUUGGAUGCGAUACUGGAGGACAAGUGUAAUGUGACCGGUUUCACCGCUUGGAGUAUCGUUGAUAACUUUGAAUGGCUUCGAGGAUACAGUGAAAAAUUCGGUCUGUACCAUGUCAACUUCUCCAGUGUCAAUCGGGAACGUAGUCCGAAGCUUUCUUCGAGAUUUUUUAAGGAGUUGAUAAGCGAACAUGUGAUUCCCUCUUAAAAAAUGGCUUUGGUGAAACUAUGUGAGUUUCCGGAAUGGCGCAAACUAUUAAUCAUUGUCAAAAAAUUCAUGGAAUGUAGUAGUAGUAGUAA